AUGGGAGAUGGGGGAGGGGAGGAGGGAGAAGGAAGGAAGGGGAGGGCGGGAGGAGCGGGUCCCGCCGCGAGGCCUGCAGGAAUAGCUGGCUCCGGCUGCCACCUAGCGGACGGGAGCCGCGCCCGGGAGGCGCACAAUCGCUCCCCUAGGCAGGCUCAGGCAGGCGUGGAGCGGCGCGGAGUGACAAAGCCGCCGCUGCCGCCGCCGGGGGUGGGAGCUGCGCCGGCCCGCCCGCCCCUCGACUCGGGAGAGCGUAAAAGUUUGUCUCAGCUCCAGCAUCCCAAGCCUCAACACGCCCUCAGUACAGAGGCAGGCAGUGGAGGGCAGAGGAAGCAGGCAGAGAGGGAGACAGGGAGAAGGAAAGAGAACGUGGAGAGAGAGCCAGUGGAAGAGGAAGCGAGAGCGAGCGCCAGGGAACCGGAGGCCUCCUGGACACCCGGCCCGCGGGCCCAGACGCCCUCGGACCCUGGACCGGGAGUCGUGGGCACCAGAUGCGAGACUCGACUAAAUCCUGCCCCACCAGACAGGGAUUGAGAAACGGAAAUACCACCACCCUCCAGUCAAACUUGUGAGGACUGAUUGCGGGGGAACUGGUGCUCCAGGUGUUGAACUAGAGGCGCUGCAAGUGUGAGCAGGUGGCCGCAGACCUAUAUCACAGGUUGUAGCAGAUGUUCUCAACAUUUCUAUUGAAAUUUUCUUAUCUGUGUUUGCAAGAGGAGCCUCAGAGCCUCGUUCCUUGGUAGCUACCGUGUUCUGAUGUAAGCUGCUAUUCAUCAGGGAGCUCUGGCAAGAGAAUGGCUAGAUCAGCAAGUCCAUCUCCGCUGUGGAAAAACAACUUGAAGCUCAUCUCUGUUGACGAUGUACUCUCUGUAGGAUGGGGGUUGACUGAAUACCUGCCUCACUGAAUACCUGCUUCAAAUCACCUUUCACGUUUUCUUGUUGGAAAGACAACCAUUGGAGAAUCAUCUUGUUACCAUCAGCAAAAAUGGAAACAAAUCAAGAUACUAAGGAUGCCACAGUGGCCAGCAGUUAAUGAUGCUGGUGUUAUGCAAGCUUUGGCAAAGGAAUUUUUUAAGACAGUGUACCUGACUAGCCAGAAAUCUGGAAAGGUUGAAUCUAUCUUUGUUGUCUCAGCUGUUUCUUAAAUCAGCACAAUGCCUCUGAAUUAAAGUGAAUUGAAACAUC